AGCAUCAAGAGUUCAAAUCAGUGUGAGCUGUCAAACGUAAAUCCAUGUAUUUAAUUAAAGUAUUUCCAUAGAAAAUGUUGAUUCAUGUUACAUAUUUGUACAUAUGUGUAUGAAAUGUGAAAAGUAAUCCAACUACGUAAAACUAAAAACCGUAAAAUGACAUAAGGUUAUGAAUAUAAUAUUUGUAUAUAUAUAAACAUAUAUACAGUGAUUUGGAAUUUCGGAAAAUAAUAUCUUUUUCAAUUAUUAAUUUCCUAAUGCUAAAAUAUGACACGUUCUUCGGUAUCUGCACAAUGUGAUUUAGUUGCCACUUACAUGGAUGGAGUUCAUGUUAAAAUUGCUGAAGCUUACAAACCUCCAAGAAAAGUAUGUUUACCAGCUGCAUAUAAUAACAAGUUACCAGAUGUAUCAAAAUUAACUUAUGAUUUUAGUUUGGAACGAUCUGUACUUGAAAAGAUGACAGAAUGGCGUAACAUUAGACAGGCAAAUAACAAAGCAAAGAAUGCAAGGUUAGAUGAGAAGAGAAAGAAAGAAAAGAAAGAAUCUUCACCUCCACCACCACCACCAUUGCCUGAUACUAUAAAUCAGUUACCUGUAAAUGCACCUGUGCCUAAAGCUACAAUUCUUACACCACAGCCUUUAUCUCCACCAGCUAAUGAUUUCCAAGAUCAUGUAAAAACAAAUGGUCUUGAUUUUGCUGAUUUUGAUAAUGACACAAGCAGUCCGUUUGACAAUAUGGAAUUAAAAACAAUUAAUGAUAUGGAAGAACUUGCUCAGGUAUUACAACCUAGAUCUCAAUGGGUACCACCAGCAAAAUUAGAAAGUAUAUUGAAUGAAUUAACUAUUGAUGAUAAGUCAGAAGCUAAUAUAGAAGAAAAAAAUGAUAAUAAUAAAAGUGAAACAAAUGGUCAAGAAGAAGUAAAUGAGCAAGAAAAUGCUAAACAUCGUAGUGUAUCUGCAGUUGUGCAAGAACUUCAAAAAGAUUUAGAAAGACUAGUUGUAGAGGAUUGGAAACCGUGGUCAAAUCUAGAAAGGCCUGAUACUAGUUCCCAAGACACAUUAAAGCAUAAAGAGCCAGUAAUAAAAAAUCAAGUUUUUGUAAAUUUACUGCUGGAUUUAUCAGAGGAAGAUAAAAAAUUAGCUCGACAUUUAAGUGAUAUGGGAUUUCCGUUAUCAAGAGCUGCUCGUGCUAUACGCGAUUUAGGUGGUAAGGAUAACAAAAAGGUUGUAGAAUACUUGUUGGCUGUACAGUCCUUAGAAGAAAUGGGAAUUUCUGGAGAGGAUGCUGAAAAGGCUCUUACUCUUACGGAAUACAACCAAGAAAAAGCCAAAGUUUAUUAUGAAAAUUUAUGUACUCUAAGAGACUUAGGUUUCUCUGAAGAAGAGGCAUCUGCUGCACUCUUAAAAUGUAAUAUCGAUCGUGAUAGAGCUUUAGAUUUCCUCAUAGCUUAAGUGCAAAAUUAUAUUAAAAAUAAUGGAAAACAUAAUUUGAAUGAAUUUUUUUACUUAAUGUAAAAUGCUUUAAAAUU